GCUACUGUAACGAUAUACCUGUAACGUAUAAGUUGUUAUUCUAAAAUUAAAUCCCCACCCACCUCCAAAAACCCAAAAUCCAGAAGAAAGGACGAAACUUCUUGGCAAUGAAGAUAAAGCUUCCAACUUUCAAUACCUCCCACUUCCUUCAAUUAGCUCCCAAAUUUCCCAAAUCGAUUUGGGUGAGUCAAGUCACUUUUUCAGUGUGACUUGUGCGUGUGAGGAGAGUGGUGGCCGUGUGAGGACAUGGUGACCACGAGGUUUAUUAGUCGGAAUAGGAACGUUGAAUCCUAGAGAGAGAGAGACCCGUCGCUAUAUUUAUGUCCACACGAACCAUUAGAGAAAGAAAACAAUUGAACCAACGUAGAUGGAGACCAAUUUUUGAGUUUUUUUCUCUCUCCUUUUUUUGUGUUGGGAGAAACAUAUGAACCAACGUACUUGGCGGGCCGUUUUUGCUUCCUUGCCUUGUAAAACUGCAGUGUUUUCACCGCCUCCUGUUAUUUAUUCAACUUUCUUUCUUCCUCUUCUGAGAUCCUCCCAUGGCUUAAAGAUUGCUUCUUUCUUUCCCCUUUCGAUUCCAAAUCGCUCAUUUCCCAAAACCCAAUUCUCCAAAUCUCUAAAGGAUUCGUGGGUAGGCGUAAAUUUACAAGUUUUCAGUAGGAAAUAGGGUUCUUAUACUAUAUAUAUAUAUAUAUAUAGAGAGAGAGAGAGAGAGAGAGAGAGAGAGAGAGAGAGAGAGAGAGUGAAGAAACGGGGGAGCUGUAAGUCACAGACAGUUGAGGUGAGUGGGAAAUUUUGAAGGUUUGGGCAGAAUGUGGAGAUGGUGUAAGAGCAGUGCUGUGUUGGUGAGACAAAUGGGGGUGGGGAAGCCCAAUGGCCCCAACUCAUGUUUUGGAUUCAAGGGUUUUGCUAAACAAGAAUGUGGGUUGUUGAAUUUUCCUGCAACUUCGUCUUUGGCGCUGAUUCCGAAGAGGAGAAUGUCGUCUUCUGGCGGCGGAGUGGGAGGAGCAGCAGAGCUGAGCAUAGGAGGAGAGACGAUAUCGUUUGCGGAGGCCAAGAGGCUGAUGAGGCUGGUGAAUGUGGAGGCUUUGAAGGCCAAGCUUGGGACAGAGGAGAAAGAGGCAAUACCGUAUUCUGAUCUUCUGGAGGCGUGCCAGAGCAUUGGGGUUGCCAGAUCGCCGGAAGAGGCUGCUGCUUUUGCUCGGGUUCUCGACGAGGCCGGCGUCAUCCUUCUGUUCCGGGACAAGGUCCUCCUGCAUCCUAAUAGGGUUGUGGAGCUAGUUCGAAAAGCAGUACCCCUUGCUCUGACUCCGGAAGAUGACCCCUUGUGGGCGGAGUUAAAAAAGCUGCAGGAGAAGAAGGAAGAAAUCGAUGUGUUGGCACAUAAGCAGGUCCGGCGCAUUCUCUGGGCUGGUCUAGGGGUGGUCCUGACACAGCUUGGGCUCUUUUUCAGGCUAACAUAUUGGGACUUCUCAUGGGACGUAGUGGAACCACUCGCCUACUUCACGACAACAGCUUGCAUUGGCGUAGGCUAUGCCUACUUCUUGAUCACAUCAAGAGAUCCGACUUACCAAGAUCUGAUGAAGAGGCUCUUUCUCAGGAGGCAGAGGAAACUGAUCGAGCGUCAUAAUUUUGAUGUCGAAAAGUUCAAGGAGAUCCAGAGAAAAUGCGGCAUACCUCUACACGCCAGUGCCUCAAUUAAGAAUCGUGUAGGCCUGGAAAUAGAGCUCGACGACGCUUUACAUAGAGAUUAACACUUCGAUUUUAUACUGGGUGGGGAAAAUGCAGGAGGUUAACUCAGACUCUUCUGUUUUGUUACAAUCUGGCCCCUCCUGGUUUUAUGUAGGUAGGGCCAAGAAAUUUUUGAUUUUAACAUGUUGCUUCCGACCUACCUUUCAAAUUGUCACAAAUACUUAAUUUCAUGCAGAGCUUCUGCUGUCUAA